AUGGAGCGCGCGUGCCCCCCUCGUGCGCUCCCACCUGGAGACUUGUUCCAUGCAGCAGUGUCUGGAGAUCCCCAAUGGCUGUGUUUAAGUCUGGAGAGAGUGCAUGCACCAAGCCAGCAGCAGAACAGACAGGGUCUUACAGUGUUCCACGUGGCUGCUCGACAUGGUCAGCUAAAUUGCUUGAAAUUGCUCCUGGAAUCUGGUACUGUGGAUGUCAAUGCAAGCUGUCCGCAUGGCAGGAGACCAUUACACAUGGUGCUGAGCCCAGAGAGCAAGCCAAACACUUACAGCUGCCUCACAUUUCUGCUGGAACAUGGAGCAGAGCCCAAUGUUUCAACAGAUGAAGGAUUGACCCCACUGCACAUGGCUGCAGCCGAAGGCCUGAAAGAGUGUGUUGAAGAGCUGGUUAGAGUUGGUGCAGAUACCCAUGCACAUGAUAGCCGAGGACAUACACCCUUCGAACUGGCUUGUUUGUGGGGUCACAGAGUUGUUGCCAGGAUUCUUAAAAAUGCAAUGUGGCAUAGAGAUAAGAAGGAGGACAUGGAGAAGCACCAAGAACUGCAGAAUCUCAAACAGAAUAUGAUCAGAAUGCACAGAAAAGCAGAAGGAAUACAGAAGUUAUCCAGAGAGGCAAUUAACAAAGAGAAAGUGUCCAAGUGGGCAGAGAGGAAGGGUCUUCCCUGUCUCUGGUCUCCUACAAUGGGCAUGUGGACAAUAAGCCAUCACUGCUGCCAUUCUACCAAGCCUGUCAAAAAACAGCAUGCAAGCAAAUCAAGAGAAAUAUGGAACAUCUCAUCAAAUCCGUCAAGACCUCCUCCAGCAAACAUCAGCAGAUCUGAGACAGUGAGAAUCGGUGUCCAUCCAGAGGAAGUAGCAGAUGAGCCUGAUCUAAGCCAGUGUGUGACACUCCAUUGUUUCAGAAAUGGGCAGGUCUGUUGCACUGCAUCAUGGAAUAAUAUUCCACAGCCAGUACCUGACCUGCCACUGGAUGUCAUUCAGAAAUGCCUGUUUCCAUCCAAAUUUCAAUCCCGAAUUUCUGGUCCACUUCAGCUCCAGUCCAACAGUGUGCUGGAUUUACCUCAUCGGGGAGGUACUCAUGGUACCGAGGCUUCUCCAUGGACCGAAGUGGCAAUGCAUCUGGCUGAGGAGCUCCAGCCUGGCCAUUACUGA